AUGGCUACAAUUCUCUUUGCCUACACAAGGACAAGUAUUGACACGGCGAAGCGGGAUGCUCAGCGACAUCGCAUUCGCGACCAGAAACUACAAAAAGAGCAAUAUGGAAAUAUAUAUGAUGAAGAUAAAACGGAAUACAAGGCUGGGGCACGAACUGUAGCCCAACCUCAAGGGACGCAGGAGGCUGCUGUAAAAAUAUCAUGCGGUGUAGAAGAGCGAAAAAUAUGA